GAGUAACUGUGACAAAGUUAUAGUAAUUUUAAAAGGGCCACUCUGUGCAAAUAUACACUCAUUGACAAUGCAAAUACACCCUUUUUAAAUGUCCACUCACUUUGCACACGAAAGUAAUACCCUAUUUCCGAAUGCAUGUGUAUUUGAGCAAAGGUUAAUGAAAGUAUAUAGUUGGCACUUUGGGAAUUCCUAGUAACUGUACACUUAGAGUGAAGAAUGACGUGUAAUUAGUCAACUCUUUGAUGUCAUGUACUGUCAGAUAUGAUCCAAGUAUAGGUGAGACAUUAAAAGCAACAACUGUAAAGGACACACAAAAGGAAAUUGAAGAACAUAAUGAAAACAACGCCUACAAAAAAAUCACUCAGAUAGACUCAGUAAACACAACAGACUCGUUUUUCUCUUAGUUAGUAGAAUAUAAUACUAUAGGCAAAAGAAAUGGCUAAAAGCAAAAUUGUGAUCUAUUUGAUUAUAGUUACCAUACAUCUCUUGUCUACAACACUUUCACAAGCUAACCAACAGUUUUCUGAUGGAAGUAGAACAAACACGAGUUGUCUGGUGGACACUGACUGCCCUAUUUGGGCUGAAUGCAAUAACACGAAAUGUGUCUGCAAAGAAAUGCUACAGAAUCACAGAACUGUCCACUGCAGUGAAGAAUUACAACUGUCUGUCAUUAGAUGCCACUGUGUGACGUAUGACAAUAGGACUGAUGAAUUGACAGAAGGAAGUUGUUUUCAGAAUUGCGAGAAUAAUAACAACAAAAAUGAGUACCUUCCAUUGCCAAAAGAUGUUUCUCAACUAAACCAGUUCAUGUGUGAGGAGAGGUGGAACAGAACAGGAAGACUGUGUGGGAGGUGUCUACCUGGACACUCUCCACUGGCUUACUCUUACGACAUGCGAUGUGUGAAAUGCCCUGAGGGGAACAAAAAUAUCUGGAAAUACGUUCUAGUGGCUUUUGGCCCUUUAACAGUAUUUUACAUGAUCGUUUUAUUUUGCAGAAUUAAGGUCAAAUCUAAACAUUUCCAUGGGUACCUUAUUGCAAGUCAAAUACUAUCAGCACCGGUAUUUGUUCGCACAGUUUAUCUAUAUUUAGAGCAUCAUUCAAAGUUGCAGGUCUAUAUAGUUGUUGGGACCAUGUAUUCAAUGUGGAACCUGGAUUUCUUCAGAGGCCUCUACCCUGAUAUAUGUCUUAAUGUGUCCACAUUCACAGUCUUAGCUCUGGACUAUGCAGUGGCUAUCUACCCACUACUACUGACUGUUGUCUCCUACAUCUUGAUCGAGUUGCAUGCUAGAAACUUCAAACUAGCCAUUAUCUUGUGGAAACCAUUCAGGUACCUACUGCAACCAAUUUUGAGAGAUAGGAAUAGCAGAAGAACAGUUAUUGAUGCAUUUGCAACAUUUUUCCAACUGUCUUUUGUUAAAAUGGCUUCCGUCUCAGUAGAUCUUCUUACUCCUGUUAGAGCCUAUAAACUCAACACCAACAGUAGUGCAGCAACCUGGGUGCUAUAUUAUGACACUACUAUCGAAUACUUUGGGGAAGAACACCUCCCGUCUGCUAUGCUUGCACUUCUAUUUCUUUCUCUAUUUGUACUUUUACCAAUACUGCUACUGAUAGUCUACCAGUUUCGCUGGUUUCAGAGACUGCUGAGCUGUCUGAAGCUUCGUCAUCAAUUGCUACAGGAGAUCAUGGAAUCAUUCCAGAGCUGCUACAAGAAUGGAAUCGAGCCAGGAACGAAAGACCAUAGAUGGUUUGCAGCUGUACCAAUGGUGGGUCGGUAUACUCUACUUGUAGUAUUUGCUUUGAUCCUUGAGCCAACAUAUUUCCUAUUUGCAAUAGCGAUCAUCAUUUUGGUCAUGAUACUAAUAACAAUCGUUGAACCAUACAAGAAACAAUUUUCAAAUCAUGCUCGAACAGAUAUCGUAUUUUGGGGCAUCCUGGCUAUCUUCUUUGGAUUCAAUGAGAGUACAAUGUACAACUCUCUAAGACCUGCUGAAUUAUUAAGAUCAUCGCAGGUAAUACGAGUAAUUGUUGCAGCUUUUCCACUUCUAUAUAUGGUCUGCGUAAUAUGCUUCCUCAUACUUUCCAAAAUCAGAAAAAAAAGAAUACUUAUUGGACGAAUCAGAGCCUGGAGGAGAGGAUACGUGAACAUUGAGCGUGACUCUGAGGCAUCUUUGCCAGAUAGAAUGGUAAAUCCAGAAAACUAUAUUAAAGAAGUGAGCCUAGUCGAUCCAGAUACAUACUACACUAAUCCAUGCAAUGCCAUUAACUAAAUAGUCAGUAUAGAAUCAGUUAAGCCAACGAUUACAUCAUUGUCAAUUAUACA